CAAAAAAAUUAUCGCCCUCCUGCCGUCUCUAAAUAAACGCUUAGAAAAAUAUAUUCUUUUAAUUUAUUUGCUAAAAUAUGGCCGCUUCCGUGGAAUUGAGCUCGUAUCGCGAUCAGCACUUCAAGGGCUCUCGCUCCGAGCAAGAGCGAUCACUCCGCGAGUCGUGUACGCUGUACGUGGGAAACUUGAGCUUCUACACGACAGAGGAACAGAUCCACGAGCUAUUCUCGCGCUGCGGCGAUGUCAGAGUUAUAGUCAUGGGCCUGGACAAGUACAAGAAGACACCAUGUGGCUUCUGCUUUGUGGAGUACUACAUAAGAUCCGAGGCGGAGGCGGCCAUGAGAUUUGUGAAUGGCACCCGCUUGGAUGACAGACUGAUUCGUGUCGAUUGGGACGCAGGAUUUAUAGAGGGCCGGCAAUAUGGACGUGGCAAAACUGGCGGUCAGGUGCGCGACGAAUAUCGUACGGAUUACGAUGCCGGUCGAGGUGGUUACGGCAAACUGCUGUCUCAGAAGAUCGCUCCCAAUACCGACAACCGCUAGAUCUAAUAAUAAGAUUAAAGACUAAGUCCCAAAGUAGAUAUUAAAGCAAACACCUAGAUAUAACACCACUAA